GCCUGGUAUAAGUAAUGCUAGGAAUGUGGAAUGGAUUUCGUUUGUUCAUAAUUUUAAAUUUGCUGAAAAUGAUAUUUCCCAUAUUAUACACAUGCAACCUACCCUUGUGUGUGAACGUUUGUUCGGCGGUCCCCUGUUACCCACUUCAUGCGUACUGGAGAGAGUAGCAGAUGCGCUGAAGAUUAGUCUGUGCAGUGCUACGCCCAUGGUACCGAGACUCGAUCUGUUUACUUAUUUCAUAUGGCGUUGAUGACGUAACCGCCAAGAACAGUGAC